AUGGACUCCGUUGAAUCUAAUAAUAUCGUGAAUGAUUUCCUACACUCAACUAUUGAAAAGUAUAAAAAAAAACUGCCAGAUAUCACCGAUUCUAUAAAUUAUCCUAUAAAAAACGUUCAACGGAUAAAGUAUACAUGCUUCGAUGUUUCCAAGAGUCUGAUAGCCUUUGGUGCAACAAGUGGUGGAAUUUACAUCUUUAAUAGAAGUCCAUGUGAAUUUGUGCAACUUAUUCCUAGCAAAGAUGGUGCAAUAACAAGGUUAUCAAUAUCGACAGAUGAAAAGCACAUUGCCUUUGCCAAUGGUAGGGGCAUUAUAACUAUAAUCAAAUGUGAUCAAUCAUUAAUGGGAAGUCACACUACAGUUACUUCUAAGGAACAUCAAGGGAACGAAGUAACUUCUAUAGUAUGGAGCAACAAUAACACAUUGUUUGCCAGUGACGACAUUGGCCAAAUAUCCAUAUUACAAUUGCAAAGUUUUAUUGCGAAAACAAUGUUCCAAAGCUCAUCACAAAUAAUAAUGAGUCUAGACUCGCGCGUGUGUCAGUUAGACGUAAAGGGUUGCAUGUUACUGGUCUCCACUCUGACACGAUGUUACAUUUGCGACACGUCACAAGAACAAUACAGACAAAUAGGCCAUAAACUUAGAGAUGGUGAAUUUGGAGCUUGCUUUGUUAAUAGAGAUAAAUGUCUUGAAAACGGCUCCAUACUUAAUCAAGACUUUAAAGAAAUAAAGACUUAUAACAUUGUUGAUGACAAUGAGAAAUUUGCCGUUGGAAAGGAUUUACAGGACACACUGAUUUAUUCAGCCAGGCCAUCUUCAAGGUUAUGGGAAGCAAAUAUAGAUGGUACUGUGAGAAGGACACAUCAAUUUAAACAAGUGUUGGCUAGAAAACCUAUGACAGUUCUAUCUAUAGAUGCGUACAACAAUCAAAAGAUGUGCUUAGAUGGUUUAGAUAUUGAUGGUGAAGGACAAGCAAUAAAUUUUUCCAAAAUUUGUAGCUUAAACUGUGUCAUAUUUUCUUACAAGAAAGAUGCUUUAUACUUUUUAGACAUUCACGAUGACGAGAAUACAGUUUGGUUUGAUACAUAUAAGGAUAUUAUAGGUUGUAAAAUAUAUCAUGAUCUUCUAUAUUUAUGGCUAGCAAAUGGGACUGUAGUGAAUUUGCGAUUUAUGGAUAUUGAAAAGUUUUUAAUAACGUCAUACAUAGAUGAAAAAUAUUUGCUAUGUACUGAAUUAUGUGCCUUGUACAGUGAUUAUUUGCUUUCGAAGAAUUUAUCAACCAAGUUGCAUGUCUUAGCAGGACUAAGAGAGAAAGUGGAGGCAACACAAAUUAAAAGCAUAGAAAAGGUAAUAGAAAAGUUUGAAAAAUUAAAAGCCAAUGACGCAACGCAAAUGAAAUCUGGCAUCUAUGUUGUAGACAAUACGUACUUUGCGCAGACGUCACUAAAUAAUGGAAAUGAGAACGCUAAGCCGAAUGAUGACAAUGUAUUUGGCACUCUGCCACCGGAAGCGUUACAAACUUUAAAAGACUUAAGUGUUUCUGUGACUGACAAACUCAGUUCGAGUAAGAAAAUACUCAAAGAAAAAUGGGAAGAAAUGAAACAGCUGAGUGUUGAAAAACAGACUGUACAGGAAUUUAAUCUACCUAAAAAGAUAGCUUGUGAGGAACCCAUCGAACUGACAACACCAAUUGAGUUUGAUAAUGAUAUUAUCUAUAAAGAAUCUAGUCCAAAGACCAUAGAAAUAGACAAUAAUAGUUUAGAAUCUGAUAAAGUGUGUAAAUUAUUAUAUCAAUACUUUAGAUUAAGCCUAGUCGGUAAGGAAACGGAUGACACGAAUUUAAUUUCUGUUAUCGAAAGCCAUGCCUGUGAUAUUAGCGAGGUUCAUCAACUCAUGUUACUUUUGGAACAAUAUUGCUUAUCUAUUGGAGCUUUGGAAGAGUCAAAGUUCGUGUCGAACAAUAUUUUUUUAACGUAUUUGAAAAUUUCUUCGAGAAAAGUCGAUUUCUUGGACUCUAUAAUUAACGACGACGUGUUAUACAAAUAUUUCGUGGAUUCAUGUAUAUCUGUGAAUAUGAAGAAUCAAAAAUUGUACAAUUUGAGUUGUGAAUGUGGCUUCCCAUUACCUUUUAGUACAACGAACCAAACACCUAUUUUCGCAGAACUUAUCGACGAAUUUAUAGAGAAACAAUGGUCAAGUCAUACGAGGAACCAAUGCUAUGAAAUGUGCAAAAGAAUGCCGUACUUAUGGAGGAAAAUAUUGUACUUGCGACGAAACGAAGACUUACUUAAUGUUCUAAGGCUAUUACUUCAAAUGCUUGACGAGAGUUUGCUGCAUAGUUUUCUACCACAGUUCACUUUAGACACGUGGGAUCGUGCAAUCCAAUUGUUUGCUACAUUACAUGCAAACAUGUGUCUUAAUUGCAAUAAAAAGUUUAACCACAUGUCUGUGAAAGAGACAUUAAGUUGGGACGAUAUAGGAGGUCUUAUGUUAAAAACCAUAGGUGGCCGAAAUGCAAUAAAAUUGAUGGAGAAACAUGCAAAUUUAAUAGAAGCUGGGGAGUUGACGAUGAUGUUCUAUCACUCGUGUAUCCUAGCGUCGAUGUAUGAAAAGUACGACGUUACGAUUACUUGUCGACUCACUGAUGCUCUUUACAGUUGUUAUAGAUUUGUUGAUUCAAGACUAGAGAUAUGCAAUCUGCUUCGAAGCUCUCUUACUGGACAAAUAAGAAACACAGCGCUACCCAUCGUCGUGGCAGCAAAAACAAUCCAUUGGGGCUUAUCACCUUUGACAGAAACAAUUUUACCUAGUGAUGACAACGUUAGCGAACAAAUUUUAAUCAAAGACGCAUCUAUAGACGAAAUCAUAGACAAUUUACCACAGAUUACAAAAGGAGUGACUGACUGUAUACUUUGUGGGUUGCCAUUACAAAAUGAAGUGUUAAUGAAAGAUGGCGGACUGUGGGUUUUUAAGUGUGGCCAUACUUUUCAUGGUGCUUGUUUGAGUUUAAACAAGUUAAAGUUAUGUCUUUCGUGUUCUAUAAAAGUUUAGCAAAGGACAAAUGUAAAGCUUUUUAAAUACUUCUGUGCACUAACUUUGCUUUGAUUUCCGAAUAGAGAAUUUAGGCGCAAACGAUAUUUAUUAAU